AUGAUGCGAUUUUUCGCCGACGCAGAUCUUUCGCACAAAACGUCGCGUGAAGCAGUCGCAGGGAGCUUCCCGGGAGAAAAGCGUGCUGUGCUGGGCGACAAGCAGAUCAUCCAAGCGGCGUCGCUGCAAACCGUAGAGCUUGAACGCGCGGAGAACCAGCUGCGCAAACAGUGGCAAAGGGGGAUCUCGGGGGGAGAAAAGGCGGAGAAACGAGCGCGCGGAACCAGCGGCGGAGGGGGAAGCCGCCAUGGCAGGACUGGGAGCGGCGGGGACGGAGCGGGGGGAGGGGGGACGGGAAGAAAGACAGCCCGUCCGAUUAACGGCAUGCUGCGGCCUGUUCAGGGCGGCGAUUUCUUGGAUGUGGCGCUCCUUGCAGGGCUGGCGACGCGGGCUAGGCGGGAGGCAGCCAGGCUACAGGAGGAGAUGACACGUGUCCUUCGUGACGUGGAGAAAGCGCGCGAAGAGAGCGCGCGUAUGGGGGAACGCGCCGCCGCGGCGCUUGAAGACGCGGCGGACGCGAUAGAAGCGGCGGCUAGGGUUGCGAUUGGAAAUGGCGGCAAGAAGGGGCGGUCCGGGGGAGGCGGCGCGGGAGGGAAGGGGGAGGCGAAAGGGGGAGCGCGGGCGACGGAGAUGGCUCUAGGCGGGUGGUGGGGGGAUGGAGGAGUAAGGUUAAUUAAGGUAAAAGUGCCGGAUCGACACGCGGGAGGGUGUCUGGAUGAAAAGGGCGGCUCGGGGAAAGGUUUGAAGCUGUAUGUUGCGCAAUCCGACGCGGAAGAUGCGGGGGAGGCGGAGUUAGUCGGGGAGGAUGACGUUUCGGACGAUGGUUGGGCCGCGCUCUCGCUUGAUGGCGACUCGGGGAGUGAAGGUAAGGGGGAUAUUCUUGGGACUAAGAGAUUAAAGUCGCGGGUGUUAGGGUUGUACGGUAUGCGCCCUGGAGAUGGGCGCGGAGGGGCGGCUCGAGACGGCUCGGAUGGUGAGAGAUCGGAGGAGGAAGAGGAGGAGGAGGACGAGGGGUUAUCUGAAGGAGAAGAAGAGGAGAAUGAGGAGGAGGGGGAAGAGGAAGGGGAGGAAGACGAGGAAGAGGAGGAGGAAGAGGAUAGGGAGAUGAGGUUCAAAGGCUUUAUCCCGUUAGGGCACAAUAGGGAGCAGGAAAAACAGCAGCAGCAGCAGCAGCAGCAGCAGCAGCAGCAGCAGCAGCAGCAGCAGCAGCAGCAGCAGCAGCAGCACCAGCACCAGCAGCAGUACCAGCAACAGCAGGAGAACCAGCAGCAGCAACCUCAGCAGCAGCAGCAACAGCAGCAGCCGCCAGUAUUCGCCACAAUCUUCCCGCGCAUAGAGAAGCCCCGUCGCCCCAGCCCCCUAGGCCGCUGCGCUACAGCCGGCAGCAGCUCAGCAGCAGAAGCCGCCCUUUUCGCCGCUGCAGCAGCAGUCACUGGCGCGUCUGGCCACGCUGCUGCUACAACCGCCGCCGCUACAGCCAGGCUGGAAGCUCGAGCUGCAGGGGGAGGCGCGGGGGCGGGGGCAGGGGCGGGCGCGGGGGGAGGGGGAGGGGGAGGUGUGGUGGAGAGGAGUAGCGGGAGAGGGCGGGGAGGGGGUGGUACCCCUCUUGAGUCGCCUACCUCCCCCCCGCCGUCUCCUCUGUUCGAGGAGUUAACUGGUGCGGGUGUUACUGGGGGGGGUGCUUGUGCUGGGGGAACGGGAGGGAGGGGAGGAAGGGGGGGAUUGGGGGAAACGGGAGGCGCAGGGGAGGAAGCAGGGGCACCGUUGCUUGCAGGGACCCCUCUAGAAAGAGUGCAGAAACCAGUAGCAGCACCUGCUGCAAGUUCUGCUUUCGGUUCUGGUCCGGGAUCUGCCUUUGGUUCGGGCUUCGGUUCGGGUUUUGGUUCGGGUUUCGGCUCUGGUUUGGGUUCUGGCUUUGCUGCUUCCGCGUCUUUAUCCCCCGGGCUGCGGUUCCACGGGCGGCAAAUGUCGGCGCCACCUGCCGAGCUGCUGGAGAUGAGUGGCGGGCUGGGCGGCGGCGGAGGGUUCGGAGGGCUAGCUGCCGCCCAGCUGGUUGCAAUGAAACGGUUAGAAGCGGCUAAGAACUUAGGGUUGCUACCCAGUGCAGGUGGGGCUGAGGACGGGGCGGGCAGUCCUACUGCUGGUGCUGGUGGGGGAGGUGGUGGUGGGGAGGGGGGAACUGGGGGCGGUGCUUCUCCUGGGAGGGAUUCGAGCCCGAGAGGGGGUGUGAGGGGGGCAGGAGGGAAUGUGGUAAGCCCGGGUAGAGAUCGGCAGCAGCAGCAGGGAAACAGUGGGACAACAGGAGCAGGAGCAGCAGGAGGAGGAGCAGCAGCAGCAGAAGCAGGGACGCAAUUCCAUGUUCCCACCCCUCCCCCGCGCUCCCAGCUCCCAGCCAAUCGCUCCCCUGCCCAACGCCUAGCCGCCUCUGCUCUCGUUCGCCACGCCUCAGUGGACCUCUCAGCCCUGCGGGGCGGAUCUGGGGGAGGCUUUACCUGGGGCAGCGCGAAUCCGAGAUUCGCUGUAGACAGGCUGAAUAUGCUGGGGACUUCGCUAGGUCCCACCUCCCCCGGGUCACCCUCCCCUGGUUCCCCUUCCUCCCGCUCCCGCCACUCCCUCGCGCCGAACCUCCGCCCGCAGGUGCCGUGGCUGCCGGCCACAGACCCUGAGCUGGCGAACCUGCCGGUUCGGAGGUUUGGUUCGGGGAUUCCGGGCCGGGGGGCAGGCUCGGUGACGAUGAGUGAAGCUGAGUUGACUGCGUUUGUGAAGGGUACUCCCCCUCCUGGUGGGCUUGGGAGGACCCUGAGUGGGAUUGUGGGGAUUGGCAGUCGCAGUGGGGGUGGUGGUGGUGGUGGCGGUGGUGGUGGGGGUAGUAUUGGUUCUAGCCCCCUUGGAGGGGGAACUGGUGGGAUUUACUCUAGCAGCAACAAUGGCAGUAGAAGCGCUGCUGGUGCUGGUGGUAGCGGUGGUGGUACGAAUAUUCACAGCCUAGGGGAGGGUGUGCCUCGUCUCAUGUCUUCCAUUCUUAUGGAGGAGGGUGGGGCUUCUGCUGCUGCUGGUUUUGGAGGGGGGAGGGGCGGCAGUCCCCUGGGCGGCAGUCCUCUGGGCGGCAAUCUCCUAGGGAUCACUCGCACCGCAUCACUUUCGCCGCCCAAUUCUGGGGAGAGGGAGGGGGAGGGGGAGGAGGGGGAGGGGCAGCAGGAGGAGGAGGAGCAGGAGGGUCAGGAGGAGGGGGUGGAGGAGGAGGGGAUGGGGGAGGAGGAGGAGGAGGAGGAGGAGGAGGAGGAGGAGGAGGAGGAGGAGGAGGAGGAGGAGGAGGAGGAGGAGGAGGAGGAGGAGGAGGAGGAGGAGGAGGAGGAGGAGGAGGAGGAGGAGGAGGAGGAGGAGGAGGAGGAGCGGGAGGGGCAGGAGGGGGGGGAGGAGGGGGAGCGUGCUGGUGGUGCUUCUAGUGCAGCAGGAGGGGUUGGGGGAGAUGGUUUGAGGGAGCACGAAGGAGGUUUGGGUUACGGUAUCGGCGGUAGUACAGUUACGUCAGAUGAUGGCAGCAGCAGCGGUUACAUCUCCGCAGGUACGCGUGGCGGUUACGUGUCAUCUGGCGGAGCGGGCGGCGGUUACAUGUCAUCCGGUGGUAACGGGGGCGGCGGUUACAUGUCAUAUGGGGGCGGCGGGGGCGGCGGCAUGACAAGUGGCAUGGGCGGCGGUGGGGGCGGCGGUUACAUCUCCGCGUCAGACGAUGAGAGUGUUCAUGGGCGGCUGGACAGGUGGCGGGAAAGGGGACUCGAUACAAACACAGAGGGAGAAACAACCGAGGGAGAUUACGACACUGAGAGGGAGGAGAGGGAGGAGGCGAAGAGGAGGGAGAGGCAGGAAAGGCUGUGGCGACUGGAAAAGAAGGUGGAGGUCGAAGAGUAUGAUACGGACCAGGAGUUGGAGCUUCGGCGGGAGGAACGGCAGCUGGCUCGGCAGCAGGCUCGGGAGAAGAGGUUAGGCUUGGCAGCAGAGAUGAUGAAGCAGGAGAUUGAGAAGGCUGCAGCUACGGUGGGAGGUUUGGGCGGAGGCAUGGGGGGAGGUAUGGGCGGAGGCAUGGAGGGAGGUAUGGGGGGAGGCAUGGGCGGAGGCAUGGGGGGAGGUAUGGGGGGAGGCAUGGGUGGGAACGGCAUGGGCAUGGGUAUGGGGAUGGGAAUGGGGAGGGAGGGGGGAAGCCCCCUAGGUAGCCCCCUCAGCAGCCCCUUAGGAAGCCCCCUCAGUACCGGCAGCAACAGCGGCGGUGGGUUUAGUGGGUUCGGCACGGGCCUGCUCCGAGGCUUGGGAAACAGCUUCGGCGGGGAGAUGGCUGUAGGUUCGGGGUAUGGGCGGCGGAGGAGGCACAGGAGGGGGUCAACGCUGGGGGAACUGACUGAGACGGAGUGGGAGGGGACGGAUAGUGAGUGGGAGGAGGGGAUGGAAGAGAGACUAGCGAGGAUUCAGAGGGAGGAGAGGGAGAAGAGGGAGAGGGAUUCGGCUGCUGCUGCUGCGGCGGCUGCGGCAGCAGCGGCGGCUUUGGCGGUUGGGGAGGGAAGGAGAGCGAGAGGGGGCGAAGGAGGAGGGGCGGGAGGGAUGGGAGGGAUGGGAGGGAUGGGAGGGAAAGAGGUGGUGAGUAGUGGGGAGGAGGAUGCUGUGAGGCGGGAUGUGGGGAUGGGGAAUGGGGAUUGGGGAGGUGCUGGUGGGGGGAGUGAGGGGAGAGGGGGAAGGGGUGGGGGUGGGAAGGAGCAGGAGCAAGGAGGGGGGAGGGGAGUGAGUGUUGGUUCAAGUGCUGGAGUGUCGGAUAGUGGAAGUGGGGGGGUGUUUUUCGAAAUAUCUCUUGAGCCUGGUGAUAGUGCGGAGAGUGCUUAUAGAGAGACGGCUUCUAACGAGUAUUCUAGGGGAGGGAAUGCAGCUCUAUCUCCUACAUCCCCUCCUGGCCAAUCACAGCCUUCUUCAGUUCUGGGUUUUCCGUCUAAGGUAACUUCGGAACAGGAUUUGUUGAAAAAGGGGCUUAAUCCGCUGAGAGUGUGGUUAGCGGAGCAGACUAUAGAGAGUACGGUUGCCGGGGCGAAGAGCCCAGAGCGUGACAGAAGGCAGGAGGAUUUAAGUGCCGGUGGGAAGAAUUUAAGUAUCGGUGGGGAGAGUGGCUUUGGAAGGGAAGGACAGGGAAAUUUAAUGGGAGGAGGGGGAGGCGGAGGGGGCGGGGGAGAGGGAGGGGGAAGCGGAGGGGGAGGGGGUGCAGCAGCAGGGGGGAAGGGGGGAUUAGGGGGGUUGGGCAGUGGGCUAGCGGGGUUGGCUAGUCUGCAAGGGCUGUUAGGUGGGGGGGCGGGAGGAAAUGGCAUGGGGGGUGGGAUGAAUGGAGGAUUUGAACGGGAGGUGGGAGGAAGGAUGGAAGGGCGAGGAGCAGGAGGAGGGGGGGAAGGAGUGGGGGGAGGAGGGACAGGGGGUGGAGGGGGAGGAGGAGGAGGAGCAACAGGUGGUAUGGGCGGAGGAGGGGGAGCGGGAGGGGCAGGAGCAGGGGGAGCAGGGGGAGCAGGGGGAGUAGGCGGCUUGGGCAGGGGUUUGGCAGGGCUAGCAAGCUUGCAAGGGCUGUUGGGUGGGGGAGCAGCAGGUGCAGGGAAUGGGGGAGUGGGAGGGAGGAUGGAGGCAGGAAUGGGAGGGGGGGUUGGGGGGGGAGUUGGGGGAGUGGGGGAAGGUGUGGGGGGAGCAGCAGGGCAGUUAGAAGGUGAGAGGGGCCGCACUUUGAACUCGUUGCAGCAGCAGCGGCUGCUGCAGGCGUCAACAGAUCAAGCCCUUGCCCGGUUUGAACGGCUGGCUGCUGCUACUGCUGCUGGUGGUGGUCCUGCCCUGCUAGUAGCACCUCUAGCCGUGGGAGUGUUGGGGGAAGAGGAGGGGGAGAAGGGGGAGGAGACGGGCGGAGAGGAGGGGGUGGAAGGGGAGAGGGGGGCGGAAGAGGUGGGGGAAGGGGGGCGGGAGGAGGUGGGAGAGAUGGAGGGGGGAGGGGAGGUGGGGGGAGAGGGGGAGGGGGUGGGAGAGGAGGGGAAACCGGAAGAGGAGGGGGAGGAGGAAGGGGUGGGGUGGGGUUGGGAGAGGGGGGAGGAAGGGGAGGGAGGGGAGGACGAGGGGAAGGGGAAGGAGCAGGGGGAGCAGCAGGUGGGGGACGCGGAGGGGGAGGUGGGGCGGGCAGGGGGCAAGCAAUAG